CUACUUCACGGAUCCGCUUCAAAGAGGCAGCUGCAGUGGAGAAUCAUGUUAAGCUCGGCUACUGCGGAGAGCCCAAGGUAGCCCAAUGAUGGAUUUUGAUGAGCGUGGUCCCUGCUCCUCUAACAUGUAUUUGCCAAGUUGUACUUACUACGUCUCGGGUCCAGAUUUCUCCAGCCUCCCUUCUUUUCUGCCCCAGACCCCGUCUUCGCGCCCAAUGACAUACUCCUACUCUUCCAACCUGCCCCAGGUCCAACCCGUGCGCGAAGUGACCUUCAGAGAGUACGCCAUUGAGCCCGCCACUAAAUGGCACCCCCGCGGCAAUCUGGCCCACUGCUACUCCGCGGAGGAGCUCGUGCACAGAGACUGCCUGCAGGCGCCCAGCGCGGCCGGCGUGCCUGGCGACGUGCUGGCCAAGAGCUCGGCCAACGUCUACCACCACCCCACCCCCGCCGUCUCGUCCAAUUUCUAUAGCACCGUGGGCAGGAACGGCGUUCUGCCACAGGCUUUCGACCAGUUUUUCGAGACGGCCUACGGCACCCCGGAAAACCUCGCCUCCUCGGACUACCCCGGGGACAAGAGCGCCGAGAAGGGACCCCCGGCGGCCGCGGCAACCUCCGCGGCGGCGGCGGCGGCGGCGGCAGCGGCCACGGGCACGCCCGCAACUUCAAGUUCGGACAACGGCGCCGGCAGCUGCCGGGAGGCGGCUGCUGCGACGGCGGCGGAGGAAAAGGAGCGGCGGCGGCGCCCGGAGAGCAGCAGCAGCCCCGAGUCGUCUUCCGGCCACACUGAGGACAAGGCCGGCGGCUCCAGUGGCCAACGCACCCGAAAAAAGCGCUGCCCCUAUACCAAGUACCAGAUCCGAGAGCUGGAGCGGGAGUUCUUCUUCAGUGUGUACAUCAACAAAGAGAAGCGCCUGCAGCUGUCUCGCAUGCUCAACCUCACUGACCGUCAAGUCAAAAUCUGGUUUCAGAACAGGAGAAUGAAGGAAAAAAAAAUUAACAGAGACAGAUUACAGUAUUACUCGGCCAAUCCGCUCCUCUAAGGCUCCAGCCAACUGGAAUUGGGUGGGGGGCUUCAUACACAUGAGAUUAUAUGCAGAAUUUGCCCUUGACAAAGUCAAGGCACAAGGUGACUUUUGAAGAAAGGAGGUGUGCAAGAGAGGAGCUGCUAUCGGGAGAUAGUCCUAAAGGAGGCGGCCCAGGAGGCAGCCCAGGACUCUCUUGGGCAUCUGUGGUUAAAGAUUCCUAAUAAUAAUUGGAUUCGGAGUUGAGCAUCAACAAGAAUGAAUGGUUUGGGACCCCUGGUGGUUCACUCUUGGAGACUGCGGAGCUUCGGUCUGGGUGUGGUCUCCAUCAGGGACUGGGCCCCCUGCCAGGCCCCCUGGAGAUCAACCCCCCCCUCCCAGGACCCUCCACAGGGAGCCUGCCCACCCCCAAGACCCUUGCAUCAAAAAGCUAUUCAAUCUCCAAACCCAGUUCAGCUUGGGGACAGGAGCAGGAGGAAAGGGGAGGAUUCCUAGAUGUCCGUAAUGGGGCUGCUUUCCAAAGCCAAUGUGAAAGACGACUGGACUAAGAAGUGGAUACGAGGUGGGAGGCUGCUGAUCCUUGAGGGAAAACAAAAAAUUCUACUAUUCCAGGUGGCAUUAGUGGCUCUCUAGCUCUCCUAGCCACUCAUCGCACUGUCUCAGGCCUGAGCUUCUAGCAGCCUCCUGCAGCUCACCUAGGUUUUCCUACCGAUGAGAGUCUUCAUCCUGGUCUGCCACUCAGGCCUAAAGUCUGGUUGCAAAGCAGACGAUUCCCUGAGGUAGAAGACAUCAAAAAGCUAAGAAGCUGCACCCAGUCCGCUGGCCCUUGGAUCUCUACAGGAAACGCCCAUGGAGUGCAGCAGCUUGGCAAAGUCUCUGCCACACUUAUUUGAAGCUUGGAUUUGCUCAGCGGAGGAGUUGGCCUGGCCAGCAGUCCCCAGCUAUGAGGGGCUCAAGUCCCCCAAAACACCCAUUUCCGGCACUGCACUCUGCCCUUCAACGCCUCAGAACUGAGCUUGGAAGCUUCCAGCGACCUUACAAGAGCUCAAGAGUGAUUUGGAAUUAUUUUAAAAGAUAAAUAUUAUAUUAUAUUAUAUAUAUAUUUCCCUGCAGGAACCAAAGCGAAUUUUAAGAGAUGCAAUGUAGAGGGGGAAAAAGAUGAAGAAAAUAUUUAAAGGCUCUAUCUGUUUACAGUGUUCCACGGUUAAACUCACUCACUGCUAAGAAUAUUUGAAUGUACGCUUCAUACAGGGAUGGUGUUCAAAAGACUUGUAAAUAAAGGAACCAUAA